AUGGCUAGGAAUAGGAAGGUUCUGUUUUCUCGCCGGCGGCGAGCUGCCAGCGAUGAGGACCACCUUAGCGCCCUCCCCGACGACCUGCUCCUCCACAUCCUCGGCCGUCUCGACACCCGCAGCGCGCUCCGCGCCGCCGCGCUCUCCAGUCGCUGGGCCCACCUCCCUCGCGAGCUUCCCGCCCUGGAUCUUAAGGUCACCGACGCACUGCCACAGCGCUACCGGCGGUGCCUCGACCUCCUCCACGAGGCAAGGCAUUCGGACGGGCUACUCGAGUCUAUCCGGGGGCUAGAAGCCAUCGCCCGACGCGUAAGAAACCUCAUGUCUAGUCGAGCUCACCGGCGCGUGCGCAGGCUAUCGCUCGAGAUCUUCCAGUUCUGCACCUCCGCCAGCAUCAGCCGCUUGGUCGCUGACGCCGUCGAUUCCUGGCGCGUUGAGGAUCUCGAGGUUGUCGCCAAGUCCACGGGGCCGACCCUGCUUCGGCAUCCGGUCUACAGAUUCACCUGUGGCCGCAUCAGCAGCAAGCCCGGCGAGUCCUGCCUCCGGAGUCUCAAGCUCGUCAAUUGCCUGCCUCCGUCGCUAGAGGGGUUCACCGCGCUCACCAAGCUGGUACUGAGGGACUUGCCCAUAUCCACACCCGUGGCUGUCUACCAGGGCGUGGUCACCGCGUGCCCGCAGCUCCGAGUUCUUCAUCUCGUGUCCUGCCAGUUCCACAGAAAGAAAGCUCGUUGGCUGGUAUUGGACUCGCCCAUGUCCGAAAUUAGAGAGCUUGUUGUCGAGGGUGAGUUGAUGGCCGUCAAGCUCCGCUCUCUCCCGAAACUCGAGAGCCUCACUACCGUGGACGCCGACGUUCAACUGUGUUCCGACGCCGUCCCGUGCCUAGCGCACGUGAGCCUCGUCUUCUCGGUUUGCCCACUAUACUACUGGAUUCUCAACCACUUGAUCUCCAUGUUCAUGCUCGUCUUGAAAGACGCCGUCAGGAUCAGGAAUCUCAUACUGCGGUUCACUGGGCCAGAGAUGUGGAUUGUGCACAACAAGAAUCCCUUUCCUCGGAUGCCCAAUCUGAAGAAGCUGCUUGUUGCGGACGUGCCUUCCUCCUGGGACGUCUCAUGGCCCCAUGUCCUCAUCCGGGCAGCGCCACUGCUUGAGAGCCUCCAUGUCCAUGUCUCCCAAUGCGAACAUGAGGAGCAAGAGCCAGACCAAGAUGCAUCGUACGCGCAGCCUUUAGCUUCGCACAGCCACCGCCAUUUGAAGGAGCUGGUAGUCGUUGGCUUUCAGAGGAUGAGGAUGCAGCUAAUUCAACUUGUGAGGUUCACCAUGGAUUCUUCGACGGUGCUGUGCCGUGUUGCUCUGCUCAAGCAUGGCCAUGUCGAGGACAAGGGACCCUGGGACUGGGAGAUGGUGAGCCAGCAAAGCACCUGGAGCAACGAGGAGAAACUUGCAGUCCUGGAUGUGAUUGGCUCUUCGGAAGCCCAAAUUGAAGUGGUGCUAGGCUGAAUUCAAUCUGUGUACUGUAUAGUAGUAUGUCUUACAAUAUGGUGAUUGAUUUUGGUAAUUUGAGAAGAAAUCAGUCUUUCAACUACCUCCAGAUUCUGAAGAUUGUUGGACGUGGCUCUGGGAGGCAAAAGAAGUGUACACAGCCAGAUCAGUACAUAACGCAAACUUUGUCAGCUUGACGAGAUGUGACUCUUCCCUCUUGGUCGAUGCUCUGUUGUAUAUUUUCUGCCUGUGUUUUCAUUCGGGGUAGAAUCUGGACUGCUCACAGGUUAACGA